AUGGCGGCUCACGUAAGCCAGAACCGCCUCAGAGCCAAGGGCGUGGGCCAACACCACAACGCCCAGAACUACAAUAACCAGAGCUAUGAGGACCUGCAAGCAGCCUGUCUGAGGAGGGGAGAACUGUUCGAGGACUCCUUUUUCCCUGCCGAACCCAGUUCCCUGGGCUUCAAGGAUCUGGGCCCCAGCUCCAAAAAUGUGCAGAACAUCUCCUGGCAGCGGCCUGGUCAAAUCACAAGCAAUCCUCACUUCAUUGUGAACGGGAUCAGUCCCACAGACAUCUGCCAAGGCGUACUUGGGGACUGCUGGCUGCUGGCUGCCAUUGGCUCCCUUACCACAUGCCCCAAACUGUUGUACCGUGUGGUACCCAAGGGGCAGAGCUUCAGGAAGAACUAUGCCGGCAUUUUCCAUUUUCAGAUUUGGCAGUUUGGGCAGUGGGUGGACGUGGUGGUGGACGACCGGCUGCCCACCAAGAAUGGCAAGCUGGUGUUCGUGCAUUCCGCUGAGCGCACUGAGUUCUGGAGUGCCCUGCUGGAGAAGGCAUAUGCCAAGCUGAACGGGUCCUAUGAAGCACUGUCGGGGGGCAACACCGUAGAGGGCUUUGAGGACUUCACGGGGGGCGUGACCUAUAGCCUCCAACUCCAGAAGCCCCCUCGGAACCUGCUGAGGAUGCUUAGGAAGGCCGUCGAGCGAUCCUCCCUCAUGGGCUGCUCCAUCGAAGUCACCAGCGAUAGCGAGUUGGAGACCUUGACCCAGAAGAUGCUGGUGAGAGGGCAUGCUUACUCCGUGACCGGCCUCCAGGACGUCUCGUACCAAGGCAGGACAGAAACCCUGAUUCGGGUCCGGAAUCCCUGGGGCCGGAUCGAGUGGGAUGGAGCCUGGAGUGACAACGCCAGGGAGUGGGAAAAGGUGGCACCGGACGUCCAGAAGCAGCUCCUGCUCAGGAAGGAGGAUGGGGAGUUCUGGAUGUCCUAUGAGGACUUCCUGGACAACUUCACGCUGCUGGAGAUCUGCAACCUGACGCCCGAUGCCCUCGCUGGGGACCACAAGAGCUACUGGCACACCACCUUCUAUGAGGGCAGCUGGCGGCGCGGCAGCACUGCGGGGGGCUGCAGGAACCACCUUGACACAUUCUGGAGCAACCCCCAGUUUAGGAUCUCUCUCCCCGAAGAGGACGACGAUGACCCAGAGGACGACCAAGCCGUCUGCACCUGCUUGGUGGCCCUGAUGCAGAAGAACUGGCGACAGGCGCGGCCCCAAGGAGCCCAGCUGCAGACCAUUGGCUUUGUCAUCUACAUGGUCCCAAAAGAGUUUCAGAACAUCCAGGAUAUUCGCUUGAAGAAGGACUUCUUCAUAAAGUAUCAGGACCAUGGCUUCUCAGAGAUCUUUACUAACUCACGUGAGGUGAGCAGCCAUCUCCGGCUGCCUCCGGGGGAAUAUGUCAUCAUUCCCUCCACCUUUGAGCCACACAGGGAUGCGGACUUCCUGCUUCGGGUCUUCACAGAGAAGCACAGCGAGUCCUGGGAACUGGAUGAAGCCAACUAUGCUGAGCAACUCCAGGAGGAGAAAUUCUCUGAGAAGGACAUAGAUCAGGACUUCAUACAUUUGUUCGAGAUAGUGGCAGGAGGAGAGGGCAAGGAGAUCGGCUUGUACGAGCUACAGAAGCUGCUCAACAAGGUGGUCACCAAACUCAGAAACUUCAGGACCACGGGCUUCGGCCUAGAUGUGUGCCGCUGUAUGGUCAACCUCAUGGAUAAAGAUGGCUCUGGCAAGCUGGGGCUUCCCGAGUUCCAGAUCCUGUGGAAAAAAAUCAAGAAAUGGACGGACAUCUUCCGAGAGUGUGAUGAGGACCACUCAGGCAGCUUGAACUCCUAUGAGAUGCGCUUGGCAAUCGAGAAAGCAGGCAUCAAGCUGAAUAACAAGGUGACGCAGGUGCUGGUGGCUAGGUAUGCAAACGACGACAUGAUCGUGGAUUUUGACAGCUUCAUCAGCUGCUUCCUGAGGCUGAAGGCCAUGUUCACAUACUUUCUUUCCAUGGACCCCAAGAAUACUGGCUAUAUUCACCUGAAUCUGAACCAGUGGCUACAGACAACCAUGUGGGGAUAGAGGAGCUCCAGGAGCCUGACUCCCAUCACCACCACCACCAGUGUGGGGCUUCUGGCCCCAGAGCAGGGGCUUCCUUGCUGCACUCGGCUCUGCAGUCUCUGCUGAUGGAAUGGGCUCCAGCUAGUGGCACCCGGGCCCUGGAUGCUGAGCUUACUCCAGCGCCAGGCCCUGUAUCGCCACCCUCCCAUCGCCCACCCUCCCAGCCCAACGUGUUUCUCUUUUUCCCCAGCCUGCUUCUGGUGGCUGGAUUCCCCCGU